AUGGGUGCCGAGAUCACCUGGGCAGCCCUGGCGCUGGGGCUGGCGAUGCUCCCCUUGGAGCUCCAGGAGUUGUUGAAGACCGUGGAGCUCGAAGUUUGUGUGUUCCAGAGCCGGGAAGUCACUGUCUACCAGAGCGCCUUGGAUUCCAAAGUGGCCCCAGGGCCUUUGAAGCUCGCCCAACGAGGCCAAAUUGCCUCGCGGGGGCCUCCAACAGGGCCUGGAGGCUUUGAUUGGGCCUGGACACCCAGAACGGCACACAGGAUCGCCUGGAGCGCCUGGCGGCCUUCAUGA